AUGCCUCGCUCGUCUCUCGCUGGCCCUACGCCUCCUGCUGCUCGACCAGACUACUUUGACUCGCUAGCUGAUCUCGCACAGUAUGCCAGCCAGCCUCGCGAUCUUCUCGCUCGACGCUCUGCCCCACCGGUCCCGUUCGCCUCGACAGCGGGUCCUCCGCGCAGAGAUGCGCGGUCCAACAAGCUAGUAGUGUGUCACGACUACAAGGGAGGGUACGGCGAACGUGAAGACGAGCGUGGCUACACCUUCCAGUGGUUCCAUCUUUGCGACACCUUCAUCUACUUCUCCCACCACCGCGUCUCUUGUCCUCCUGCGGGCUGGAUCCGCUCUGCCCACGUCAAUGGUACAAAGAUACUCGGCACCCUCAUAUUUGAGUGGGACGCAGGGCGGGAAGACAUCGUCGAGCUCGUCGCGCCAUCUUCCCCAACCACGAAACGCUUCUCUUCCUUCUCGCCUCGUUAUGCCGACUUCCUCGUCGACCUCGCUGUCGAGCGCGGCUUUGACGGUUGGCUCGUCAAUGUCGAAGUCGACCUCGGGUUCGGCUCGGCGAAAGAAGGCGCGAAGGAGCACGCCCGGGUCUUGCUCGGCUGGCUCGUGUACUUCCGGGCCGCGCUCAAGAAGCGAAUUCCGCAUGCCGAAGUCAUCUGGUACGACUCGGUCACGGCUGAGGGCAAGCUCUCCUGGCAAAACUGCGUCAACGAGCUCAACCGCCCUUUCUUCCUCGCCUGCGACUCGAUUUUCCUCAACUACUGGUGGCGGAGCGAGCAACUCGCCGCGACCUCACAGGAGAUCCAGCAGACCUGUCCAGACCGAGCGGCCGACGUUUGCGUCGGCAUCGACGUCUUCGGGCGUGGAACGCUCGGCGGCGGCGGCUUCGAGAGCUGGAGGGCGUCGCACGCCAUCUGCACUGCGAAACAAGCGACGCGAAAUCCUUCAGCAUCCGGAUUUUCGGUUGCGCUCUUCGCGCCAGGGUGGACCGUUGAAGCGGAAUCUCUCGGUCAUUCUCUCGCCACGCCCGACUCGUUUGCGAAAUGGGCAGCCGACGACGCAUACCUCUGGUCUCACGGUGCGCCUACACCGUCAGUCCCGAUAGAAACCGCUCGGCAAGAACGGCAGAGGCGGGAGCAGCGCGGCGUCCUUCGCGCUCGUCAGCUCGCGGCCUCUCUCGCUCCAGUUGCCUCGCCACUCCCCAUCUCCGAACGAAUACCCGAUCCCCCAACUUUCGACUACAACGCGCCUCUCGACCCGCUGCCCGGGUCCGAACUCGGCGUCUCGCACCGACCGCUCGCAUCGUUCUUCUCGCCUCGAGCUGUACCCUGCCCCGACUUUCGCUUCUACACCAACUUCUGCGCCGGGUCGGGCCAUCGAAUGUUCGUCAAUGGUGCCGAGGUCGACCAAAGCGAUACCGGCUGGACCGACGUCGCAUUCUCCUCCCCUCAAACACCCGAAUUGGUUGGUGUAAGCGCGACUACAACGGAAGAACAAGCGUGGGAAGGCACGCGCGCUGUCGAGAUCAAGCUGGCGGGUGCCGCGGACGAGAUCCUCGUACCGUUCUUCCCGCUCGCCCUUCCUCCGUUGCCGGCCGGCAUCGAGCUCGAGGCUUGGGUCAUCUGGAAGCCAGUGGACGGGCUGAGUACAACUGUCGCUCCCAUACUGAGCGACGACUCCACCUCCCUUUCUCAGCUCUCCGUCGAUACCGCCUCGACAGACUCGAAGGAUUGGUCGCGGACCACCGCCAGGCUCCGCUGCGACGUCGGUACGUUGAACAGCGCGAUACACACCCUCUCCUUGAAACUCUCCAACGGAGCAGCCAUCCUCGUCGGGGCCAUGGGGGUUCGUCCGGUCGAACCCGCCACAGCUCGACCCGUUCUCGCCAGCCUCGAGUAUCUCCCAGCCGAGUCAGUACUGCGGUGGCAAAUCGAUUAUGCCACUGCAUCCGCCGUCACAGCCUCAUCUGCUUCCCUCACCGCCCACCCGCCUUUCCAGCACUUCCACCUCUUCGUCCGCGACAAGGAGGGCGACAAGCGCUACCUCGGCACGACCUUCGAAUCACAGUUUGCCGUCGCGCGACGCUGCAUCGAGGAAGCAGCGAGUAUCGUUGUCCAAGGCGUCGAUGACGCGGGCCGACUUGAGCAGCUCGAGGAAGGAGAAGCGCAGCUCUUGCAAUGA